AUGGCAUCAAUUAAAGUGGUGUGUUUAGUUUUCUUAUUUGGGAGUGCGAUAGCCCAGCCCUCCAAAGCAGGCUUCUGGAAGGACACACCCUUGGAUAGCAUGGUCGAGGAAAUGAGAUCAGGUUGCGUUGAGGGCUCGGAUCCAACCGCCUGCAUCAAAUACAAGGUCAUGUCAUUACUGGACAGCAUCUUCAAAAAGGACACUUUCCAGAUUUCCGAUGCAGUGGAAGUGACGAAGAAUGGCGCCAGCACCGAAGCGACUGGCCGUUCUUCUGGCGAUUUCAUGGACAGUAUCGAGAACUACAUACAGUCUCACGACGUAACUUUUGCAAUGCCUAUUGCUGAUACGAAAAUCACUGUUAGCCCAAGGAACCUGGACAAUGAUGAGCUUAGCUUGAACAUCAAGUUUAACAAGGAAGGAGCUCGCUCUGUUGGGGAAGCACGUAAAGCUAAGCUAAAGAAGAUCAUUGUACCAAUCCUGGUGUUCGUUCUCCUGAAGGCCAUGACUCUUAUCCCCUUGGCUAUUGGUGUCCUUGGAUUGAAGGCCUGGAACGCCCUGCAGCUGUCUUUCUUCUCUUUCGUCGUCUCCGUAGCUUUGGCUAUCUUCCAGUUGUGCAAGAAGAUUGCCGCGGACAACUCCCAUCCGCAGAUCUCCGCGCAUGGACCCUGGGAUGCUGCCUACGCCGCGACCCGCCAUAGGAGAGAAGCUGAGCCCCAGGACUUGGCCCAAGAACUCGCAUACAACGCCUACCAUUAA